CUUGUGGUAGCGGCCACUGAAACCAGGAGUAGGAAGCUAGCUCAGCUCUGAGUCUGGGCGGACAAAGCGCAGCUGCAACUGCUGCGUCGAGUGCCAGUGCCACUGCCACGGAGUAGGCACUGCUGCUGCUCGCUGGUUUUGAAGUCCGUCCUCUCUCUACUCGACGUGCAGCACGCGCUGGUCUACAGUUCUGGCAAGUCUUCCUCUGUGUCAGUAGCACCGUGAAUGAUUCCAACUGGCUGCAGUUCUGCCACUCCAAACUCCUAAACUGUUCCCUGUUCAGAUCUUCUUCGUCGAGAUGAGUCUGUCGUCACGCUGAAAGCUGGUGGAGCCACUGGAGGCGGUUGUCCGUGUGCAUGCUCAAGGUUGUGAGCAAAUGUGGCGAGGGAUGCAGGGUGCUGGCGAGGGAACGGAUCGUCAUCCCGGGUUAGGUAGAAGAUCGACAAGCCGAGGAAUAGCGGCGUUGGUGCGCUGCUCACGCUCAUGGAACGCUUUGUCGUUGCUGCUAGCGCUCUCCUGCGUGCUGCUACCGAGCGGACUGGGACAAGUGUCAGAUCAUCUAGGUGAUGUUAAUUUCCGCUGCACCAGCCUGGAGGACUGCCGCACUCCGGACGGCUUCGCCUACUGCGACAAGCGCUCGGGACGCUGCGACUGCUCGUUCUCCACGUUCCUGCACGGCGUGCGAUGCAACAAAGUGUGUACGGACGACCGACGGCGUGGCCAGUGUCGUCACGGUGUCUGUCGCCAGGACGACAACGACUGGCUGCUCAUGGCCGGCUUCUGCACGUGCGAUGCAGGCUGGCAGAUUGACCACAACUACAUCUGCAACAAACCUAUUUGCCGACAAGAGUGUGAGAAUGGAGGUUACUGCUCGGAGCCCGACAUCUGCGUCUGUUCGGACGGUUUUACUGGGAGCAGAUGUCAACACAAAAUCACGUGCGAGGACUUGCCGGCACCACGCUGGGGCAGGACGGUGAGGACAAACAUUUCCGGUUACCAAGCACAGCUGUUCACGUGUCCUAGAGGAUUCAACUUGAGAGGCUCGGCUAUCACUCUCUGCGAGUUCGGACGGUGGAAUGUUCCGCCACCAAUCUGCCAUGAUCAUGACGAGUGUUGGCUGGAGACGCACAGCUGCAGCAAGUGCGAGCUCUGCAUCAACGCCGAGGGAACGUACUCGUGCGCACGGUUGCCCAGCAUGCUCGGCUGGGUGUACGACGCCAACACGGGCAUCUGCGGUCCUCCCGCGAGCGUUGCCACGACAACUCCGCCGUCGUCCCCGACAACCGUGCCACCGUCUAGUGGCAUGUCGCCAGUACCACCACCUCUUGACAUGCAUGUAGGAUGCAAACCAACGCUAGAGCUUCCGCUGAAUGCUAUAGAGAUCGUGUACGAUGCUGAUGACGAUGACGAUGAUGAUGAUGAUGUCGCUCAUACCCACACCAGUCAACGUCCUCCCGGUCAUGUGACAGCAGUUUUGAAAUGCCGUCAUGGUUACCUGGCCAGGGGAGGAGCGAUGUGCGUCGGGUCCGGCGACGUGUGGCUGACGGGCGGGUUCACUUGCGAACGUGAUGGAUCUAUCGUACUACCCAAUGUAUCUGAAUCCGAAGGCGGUGGCGAGCCAAGUCGUAACAUGUCCACCAUAGCCCUGAUUGUGACUCUGACUGUCAUUGGGGUUGUCGUUCCCACCGCCGUUAUUGUCAUUCUCAUCUGCUAUCGAGAAAGGCGGCGUGGUGCCUACAAGUACACUGCUGCCGCUACAAAAUCUUCCUCCUCACCGGCAGCCAUCGGAGCCGCCGUCGCCACAACAACAGGACCAGCAGGAGCAUCGGUAACGGUUGCCAUCAUGUCCGGCUCAAGUCCUCUGUCCUCGUCUUCCAGCACCUCAUCAUCAUCGUCGUCCUCGUCCAGCUCGGCAGACAACGAGGCAAGCUCUACGGCCACGAAAUCGCAGACCAUCGAAUGUCACUACGUCGAUAGUCCCACGGCUUUCGGGAGGAGCGUAUCGGCGGGUAUAGCCCCCGAGCCCAACGUGUUCAACUUCCGUCAGUCUACGCCGGGUGAGGUCGUCAACGGCAACGGUGCCGGAGCGGCUUGCAGCCGGCUCAAGGCGGCAGCUGCAGCAGAUCAUGAGGCGGACGCGCAGCACUACGCGUCACGCGACGUCCUCACCUCCCUUCCGUCGCCCAUGACCAACCCCCCGGGGCGGGGCAUCGCGUCCAUUGCCGGAGCGGCGGCAACCAGCAGUGGCGCCAGGGGCAACGCCGAGCGCCAGUCCCCGCAGAAACCAUCGUCAUCGUCGACAAGUGCCGAUCAGGUUUGUCGUCACUAUAGCAACAGCACCGAGGUAACCGUGGUGAGUGUGGACGCCGACGGUUACGAGGAUAUGGUCACCUCUCCCGAGCACUCCGUACAACUAAAGGCCUACGCCCACGCCAGCAGCCGCAGCGCAUCCGCGUCACCGAAACGAGACUCUCGCAUCAACGCCACCGUUGCCCCCUGCGAUGGCCAGAAGCAGCCUCCGCCGGCGCCGGUGCGCCGCGCCUCGGACCCGGCCUCGCUCGGGUACAAGGUGCAGCUGGGCAAGUUCUGCUCAUUGCCACGGAGACAGCGUAGUGUGCCGACCGCGGGCACGGCGACGGCCAAUCAUGAGUCAGCAAGGCGGAGUGUGAUCAACUCGCUUGACCGGACACCGUGUAGUAAAUCCGGUGCAGCAGUGACCGCAGACGGAUAUACGAGUAUGGAUGACGACAUCAAUGUGUACGACACUCCAGCACGACUAGGAACAGACGGCAAUAGCGACGGCCACGACGCCGACGCUUACGAAAACGUCGACAUCUCGCCAGUCGCCAGCGGCUGCGAGUCGGACGGACAGCUCACCAAGGAUGAUGGCCCGGUGUCCGAAGAGAACGGCACGGAACGUGCCACUCAGUUGAUGAAGGCGUGCGUCCAUGCCGAGAAAGCCGUCACAUCCGAGCACAGUCCAGCAGCGGUGCAAGUGGAGACGGUGGCAGCGAAAGACCACGGGGCUGCAGCGGAGGCGGCGGUCAUUGCCCGUUCGCCGCUAGGCCGAAAGAAGCAGAGCAAGGGUGGUGAUGGUGGUGGUGGUGGUGGUGGUGAUGGUGGUGGUGGCGGCUGUGGUGGUGGUGGUGGGGACGCGCCAUCGCAGGAUAUCCGCGCGGCGAUACUUGCACACCUGAACACUCUGAGCAGCAGCACUAGUACCAGCGCCUUUCUGGAAUUGAGUGAGACCAACGACGAUAGAGCUGAUACCACCACCACCGAAAGAGGCAAGUCCAGGACGCUCGCGUCGUCAUCGGCGAUUGCCUCGUCGUCGCGCUUCCACGAGGGCCGCGCCGGCACCCUGCCGCGGGGAUUCGGUCGCAGUCGCCAUGGCAACCCCGCGUCGUCGCGGCAACGAGCGUCCAUCCUGCCGGCGCCGCCGCAGAAGCCCAACGUCCGGCGCGCCUCCUCGUCCCGCGACGUGGUUGCCCUUGGCAGCAAGAUGGCCGCCACCACCGGCAGCGACAACAACCACCAUGGCUACGCCAACUGCUCCAGCAUCCCGUCGCUGUCGGCGGCGAACCGCGCGCGUCAGGUCGAGCGCGAGGAACGGGUGCAGGCCACGAACACGCAGCACGUGUCGGCGCUGCGCAAGAACUUCCAUCGGCUCAGCGCGCUGCAGGUGUCCACGCUGAACACCGCUCGAUCUGCCUGUGCGUCCGAUGCUCCGAGCACUGGCAGUGCUGUGUCUUCGGUUACGGCCACAGUGUUGACGUCAUCACCGAACUACGCAGAACCAGCAAGUCCGGGUGCGGAUACUGAAGCAAGCAAGGCGGUCGUGAAGAAAACAUCGUCGUCGUCGUCGUCGUGUGCUGUUGACGACUGUGGGUACCUGCGACCGGCUGACUAGACGGAAGUGCUGUCGAACACUCUCAGGUGUGUGUGUGUGUGUGUGUGUGUGUGUGUGUGUGUGUGUGUGUGUGUGUGUGUGUGUGUGUGUGUGUGUGUGUGUGUGUGCAUGUGCGUGUGUGUGCGUGCGAGCGAGCGAGCGUGCGUGAGUACUUUCUUGUCCUGGUCAACUUGAGAAUUUGCCUAAUUUAUCAACAACACCAACUUCGCUUGAAGUUCUCCACAUAGGGUGCUACACACCUGGGGAGUACUAAAAAAACAGGAUUUUAGUACUCCUGCUACACACUGUCUCCGUCAAUGGUUCUUCCUCAACCACUCUCUGAUGUACCCUGUACAGCUGGCUUUGUUUGCCUCUAGCCAUCUGUAGAGAUUUAGCGUUUUAGUAUUGAUACUCAAUUUUGGUCAACUGUCUGGCUACUUUCUAGAAGUACGCUUUAGGGUGGGUGUGUAUCCGUGGGUGCGUGCGUGUGUGUGCGUGUGCCAGUGUGUGUGUCUGUGUGUGUGCCAGUGUGUGUGUGUGUGUGUGUGUGUGUGUGUGUGUGCGUGUGCCAGUGUGUGUCCGUGUGUGUGUGUGUGUGCACGUGUGCCAGUGUGUGUGUGUGUGUGUGUGUGUGUGUGUGUGCAUACGCGUGUGGUUGUGCGACUUUCGUCGUCUUCAAAGUUUUCGCAUCAUUACUCCAGUCUAGCAAGUAGGUGGUAGCCAGUUUAGAUUGGCCAGUUUUUUUUAAGCUCAGUUUCCGCUAAUCUUGCCAACUCUCACAAUGUUCUAACACUGUCACUUGAUCCCAGCAUUCCUCCCUGACCCUUUCCACUGAAUUCUGUAUUUAAUCCUGAUCCCCUUUUCUUUCCACCCCAUUUUUGCUUAUGUUGAGCCUUUUAAUGAUUAAAAACAAAACAGUCAAUGAACCUCA